ACCGGAGUAGAGCUCUCAUCCCGUCCAUAAAACGGCCAGCACCGUGGCAUGAUGAUACGCAUCCGCUGCAAAGUGCAAAGCCACCAGAGGAGAAAGCUUGGCUCAGCUUUGCACUUGUGACUUGUGACUUGUUGAGCCAUGGAGUUCAAGCACCUGUGCCUGGUGAGGUUCAAGGAGGGCGUGGUGGUGGAGGACAUCAUUGAGGAGCUCACCAAGCUCGCCGCGGAGCUCGACACCGUCAAAUUCUUUGGGUGGGGAAAGGACGUGCUGAACCAGGAGGCGCUGACGCAGGGCUUCACCCACGUCUUCUCCAUGAGCUUCGCCAGCGCCGAGGACCUGGCAGCGUGCAUGGGCCACGAGAAGCACUCUGCCUUCGCCGCCACCUUCAUGGCCGUGCUCGACAAGGUGGUUGUCCUGGACUUCCCCUUCGUCGUCGCCAAGCCGGCGCCAUCGCCUGAGGCCGCCUGAAUGAUACUCCCCACCUGUCUGUUACUAAGCAAGUAAGCAUCUACCAUCGGCAGCCACUGUAAGGUGCCUACAUCUAUCUGAAGGCUGCAGCUGUGAUGUACCUAAAGCCUCCUUUUUUUUGCUUGCUUGUCCUGCUACUACGGCGUUUGUUAACCGUCUAGCCUGUAAAGCCUCCGGCCGGUGUAACUCUAUUCCGUGCAUUCAGUUCAAAAGUUGCUUGGUUAUCACCCUUGAAUAAACAUCGCUGGUUUUGCUUUA